AAUAAGAAUUAAAAUCCCUCCCUCCUCCUCCCCCUCAACCAAACACACCCUUCCUUCUCCCACUUAUAAAACCAAUAGAAGUUCAUUUUCAUCACAAAAUCCAACCCCCCAAAAUCUUUUCAUUUAAAUUCCCUACAAACAAAAGAAGCGUACAUGUAUUGAGGUCUCAAGUCCCAACUCUCUGUGCGUGGAAGCCAUCCCUUCGUUCACGGUUGAUCCGAUUAGAUCAGGUGAGCAUUAGUGUGUUGACUGGGUGAGAUUGGAUAUUCUUCCAACAGCUCAAUAACCUUGAAUUUGAUACAUGGAAACUCUGUUAUCUGGGCUCUUUAACUUUGAGGCUCUGUAGCAAUAUGCAACAUAUUCUUUUUUGUGAAUUUGAUUCAGGUGACAAUGUUAAUACAACGUUCUGGUUUAUGUUAUGUAUCUGAUGAUGGGGAAGAUGUUCUUUGUGACCGGAUGCCUAGUGGUAAAACUUGGCAGGUGUAUUCGAAAGGAAAUAAGCACCCUUUUGACUGGUGUAGAAAAGCUGAACCAACGGAAGAGGAUAGAAGGAAAACUGGUGAUUCUUACAACUCAAACUGUUUAAGUAGCUUUGGCCGGCCAUCAACUGCUGGUAUAAUGACUGAAAAUAGUGCACCUAAUAUGGUAUACAGGAGAAAGAAGCUACGCAAGGGCUCGGUUGCCUCUGCUUUUAAUCUAGGAUCAACUGAUAUGCGGACAAGUGCCAAUUGCCCUUCAGUCAUAAGUUCCUCUGGGCAUUUAUCAUCAGCUGAGGAUCAGUCAUCUGGCUUUCAAAUCAAGCACAAAUUUGAAAAGGUUAAAAAUCCUACUGUCCCUUCUGUCUUAUUUGAUGGAGUAGCCAAGGAUACCACACAGAAAAACUUAGGUUUUGACAGUGUAAAUGACAGUUGCUCAUCUUCUAAGUCAAAUAUGGAACUUGUUUCAGAUUCCUUAGAGAUUGAAAUGGAUGAAACUGGUGAAUGCUCCUCCUCUGAUGUAAUAGUUAUGGAUGCUACAAGGGAGGAAUUGACAGAAAUGGAUUUCUGCAUUAACAUUUUAAAAAGCCAUGGACUUCUUAAAGGAGAUUCUGUUGCAAAUAAUGUGGCUUCCAGGGAAGGUGCUAUUACCCAUGGUAAUAGUUACUGUUCCAGGUCAUGCAAAAUAUGCGGUCAUUUGGACAGUUCAUUGAACAUGCUUUUAUGUGAUCAUUGUGAAGAUUCAUAUCAUCCAUCUUGCUACAAUCCUCGUUUGAAAAAAUUGCCAAUUGACGAGUGGUUUUGUCAUUCAUGUCUCAAAAAAAGGCAGAAAGUUCUAAAGGAGACAAUGAUCAGAUCACCAGGUAUCGCAAGUAAAAUGGCCAAAUGUAGAACUGCCUCAGUUAAGGAUGGAUUGAAUCCCAUUCUAUUGAUGUUGAGAGACAAUGAGCCAUAUAAGUCUGACGUGCGGGUUGGUAAGGGUUUUCAAGCAGAAGUAUUUGACUGGUCAGGCCCAAUAAGAAGUGAUGAAGAUGACCUUCCUGAACCUUUAGAAAUUAAACCUUCAGAAUUUUCUAGACUACAGGAAGAGGAUAUGAGAAAUCCAACUAAACUCAGUUCCAUUGGUAAUUGGCUUCAAUGUCAGGAGGUUGUAGAUAGAGCCAAUGGAACUAUAUGUGGAAAGUGGCGCAGGGCUCCACUUUUUGAGGUUCAAACUGAUGAGUGGGAGUGCUUCUGUGCUAUUCAUUGGGAUCCAUCUCAUGCUGAUUGUGCUGUACCUCAGGAGGUGGAAACAGAUCAAGUUUUGAAGCAACUUAAGUACAUAGAAAUGCUGAGGCCACGACUUGCUUCUAAACAGAGAAAAUCAGAUAGCACAGCAUAAAGGUGAUUGAAGAAUCUAUAGUGGUGAUAAAGCAUGAUGUUUUGUUCUUGCAUAUUGUAAUUGUACAAUAUGUUCAUACAUACCAGAUUUAGGAUGUGUUCCUAGUCAUUUGGUGCCAAUGGAUUCACAACAAUUUUUCAUGAUCCGAAGUUCUAUAUUUUUCUGCUUUAAUUCCUUCA